AUGAAGGGGAAAAAGGAACAGGAAUCAGAAACAACCGAGAAUGUAUGUCGUGAUUUCAUGCGCAAUGUGUGCAAUAGAGGCAAAUCUUGCAAAUUUUUUCAUCCUCCUGUCGAAGAGGAUAAGCGCAAAUAUGUAUUUUGCCAUGACUUUCAAAAUGGCAAGUGUAGUCGACACGACUGCCGGUUCAUUCAUUGUUCUCGUGAGGAUGAGGAGUAUUAUAAUCGGACCGGACGCAUGGCACCAGAAGUGUUGAGGACGAUUGAAAUAACUGAUCAACCGCUUGAUGUACCUGUUAGAGGUCCUAAUGGUCCUUUCAAUUCACCCCAGCCAGCGAUGCCACCUAACUUCGGUAAUGAGUUGUUCCGCAGACGCUUUGAUUAUGAUGAAGAGCCCGAUCCCAAGCGUAGGCGCUACGAAUUUGACAACAGAAUGCCGCUAGGGCGCCCAUUCCCCAAUCGCGACAUGGACUUUUCCGCGCCACCUGGGCCUGUGCAUCAACAGCCAUAUUGGUUGUUGCAAGAUGAGGUGGAAAUGUUGCGCAAGCGUGUGGCUGAGUUGAAAAAGCGCAAUGAGGAAUUGCAAGCGACUAAUGAAUUCUUGUUGGAGCAAAACGCACAGCUGCGCAUAAAUGAACAAGCGCCCCUGCGCAGCACCCAGCAAAUGGUGAGCGCUAUACGCACCGUGACCACAGUCCCAGUCAGCUUGGCGGCGGUGGCUGCGGCCGGCACACCCGUGUCCAUAGCUACCGUCUCCAUGGCUCCAAUUCAGAUACCACCUGUUGUAUCUGGGUCUGGCCCGCCGCCCCUGCCGCAGCCAACUAACUCGCAGCCUUUGGUAUCUUAUCCUAUUGGCAGAUCGACAUCGGCCCAACACUAUAUCCAACCGUAG